AUUCCUCAACAAAAAUCCUACAAAGAAAUUUCUAGUGCCUCCUUCCUUAGAGAGAAGGGUCUAAAAUAACCACCUAGAUGAAAUUUCUACACUCAUCUGCCUCCUUCUCACCACACUAUAUUCCCAGCAGUAAGAGAAGGAAUUCAAUCCAAGCAUUCCCAAUCCUUAGAGAGAAGGGUCUAAACUGACCUAGAGCCGGGUCUCCCAAUUCCUUUUGGAGAAGGGAUUGGGGAUACCCCAAAUUAUAUAUAAGGGUCUAAAAUGACAUGCAUUUGUCUCAAUUGUGACUGCAGAAUGAUAGGAUCGCUUAGCUUGAAGAGUAAGUAGGCAAAAGAAAAAGAGAAGGACAAUGGAAUUAGACGGUGACUCCCAUAUAACUCUGCGAAGAUGGGAAGGCCUGCCUAGUGACAUAGUGCAGAAGAUUCUAGUUGAGUCUGAUUUUGAUGACACCUCUGGUUUAACUUCUCUCAUUUCUCGGCUCCAUUGCGGUGCCGUUUGUAGUGCAUGGCGUUCGAUUCUCUCUGACCCCCAGCUUUGGAAUACACUUGACUUGUCCACAAUGAAAUCUGAUUUCAUCUACAUUCAUGUCGAGCCCGAUGUUUAUGUUUCUGAAAAGACAGAUUCGAGAUUGAAUUGCAUUUUGAAGACUUCAUUGAGUCUCAGCAGGAGAAAUAUAACCACCCUUCUCUUCAAUCUCAACUUGUAUGUUCCUGACCAUCUCUUCACUUACACUGCUGAAAGAUCCCCGAAGCUGAAACGACUGGUUAUGCCGGUAUGGAACAGGAUAAGCAUUGCCGGAAUCCGUAAGGCCAUUGCUUCAUGGAAAGACCUUGAGUCCCUUACAAUAGGUAACAUCAAUAGUUACAACUACGACUUCCUCAUGAGGCAGAUUUCAACCAAUUGCAAGAACUUCAGUGAGUUGAAGUUGAUCGGAACUUGCAAUUUCUUUGCUUCAGCACUAGUUAGAUAUGUUCCGAAACUGAAAGUUUUGAGCCUCCGGUGCUCGAAUCUCUUGAAAGAGGAUUUGAUCGCCAUAUUAAAUGGAUUACAAGACUUGGAAGUUCUGAAUAUAUCACAUUGCGUUUUGCUAAAUACUCGACCUAGAACGAGGAUUAUUCUUACAGAGCUUGAUCCAUUUAUUCUUGGCAAGGCUUUUAGGUUAAGGAGAUUCAUAACGUGCAUGAAAUCUGAGUCGUGCGUCAUGUGCCAAAGGGCCAGAGAAGACGAGGGGAUCAUGAGGUGGUAUAGGUAUGAAGAAGGGUUAUGGAAAGUAGAUGAGGUCGACUCUCUUGCUCUUUGAUUAAUCAUAAAAGCAUGACCACCCUCGUCAUGAUGGUGAUUGAGAGUGGUGGGUGAGAAAUAGGGAAGGUAAAGUUAGUGUUUUCUUUGACAAAAUAGAUAUUUCAUUAAUAGAUGAAGAUUACAAUAUGAAAUA